CAGUCGACCAGACACACGAGCGCGAGUUUGAAAAACCUGGCCCAAACUGAAAUUCAAGCCGCAAAAUUAUAAGCGAUCGCAUAUUGCAACGAGCGUGGGCUGCAAUCGGAAGUGUUAAAAAAGAAAAAAAUAUUCACAAAACCCCAGCAGCUGGAGCUGGAACUAAUUGAAAGCCUCGCUAGGCUAAUUGCGAAUAAUGAAGAUUGCCAAAAUUGGCAACCCCUAAGAGAGAUAUAAUUUGGAAAAUCUUGUGCGUGUGUACAGAGCCGUGAAAAGCCAACGGCAAAUAAAUUGCAAAUUAAAUCGGAAAAAUAUUGAAAGGCACCGUAGGAUCACCAUGAAAUCGUGGCUGCUGGCGCUGGUGGCCCUGGCAGCGGUUGUUUCUGGCAGCCAGGCCCCAAGUGCGAAUCAAUACCACAUCCAGACGGACGAGGGACCGGAGCGGUACUUCCGCUUCCAGACGGACAGCGGUCAGUUCCGCAAGGAGAAGCGGCUGCAGGAUGGCACUGUCAUUGGCACUGAGGCCUGGAUCGAUGCGGCGGGCUAUCUGCGCCAGAAGGACUACAUAGCCGACAAGCAGGGAUACAGGAUACUUAAGUCCAAGACCAUCUAUGUGGGGCUAGGAAGAUCAGUCGAGGACGCCAUCAAAUCCACCAAAGCAGCUCCUGCCCAGUCGGGUGUCUUGGUCCAUGGCGGCUCCUCGGGAUCUUCGGGAAACAGCCUGGGUAGCUAUCAGCGUCCCAACUAUGGCUACAUAUCCAGCACCACCUCCACCACCACUCCCGCUCCUCUACCGUCAUCCAUUCUGGAUAUUGUGGACUCCGGCGUGGGCAAGCUGAAUUACCUGCCCCCCGAACAAGCUGCCAAGAUUGAGCCGCAAUCACAGCUCGGAUUCGAUCACUAUCCGGAUGAAUUGCCAAGGGCCAGGGAUCAGUUAUUGUCGCCCCUUCCGGCCACGCCCCUUAAUCCGCUGGUGGACAUUCACCCCAAUGCCGAGCCUGUGCAGGAGUUGGAACUGAAUGCCAUCAAUGUGUACGAUGCCGAGGCUGAUCGAGCUUUUGGCCAUGGACAGUUUGGAUCGGUUAUAAGUUCGACCACGGCCAGGCCACCACCUUCUCUGGAUAUGCUACCCCCGCUAAGUUCCCACAGGCGUCGCCUGCGUCCGCGUCCAACUCCAGCUCCCGUGGCCAUUGUUUCCAGUACACCAGCACCCAUUUCUGGCGGGGAUUCGUAUGGCUACUCCACGCCGCAGCCAUUUGCUGCCCCUGCCUAUCAGUUUGCCCCGCCUGCCACUUCCGCGAGUACGGGAUACGGUUACUAUCCUCCGCCGCAGUCGCCACUGGAGGUCAACUCCCUGGAGGCAGCUCUGCUUCCGCCCCUGCCCUCUUCCCACGGCUACCGACGACGCCUCCGUCCAAGGCCAGUCCAGAGCAACCACCUGGAGGGAUUGGCCGCCUCCGAGUACGAUGGCGUGGGCGUGACCCGUAAUGGAUUCCGUUACGUGUUACCCAAGCAGUAUCACGAGGAGGAGACGAAUCCGGCGGAUGGCAAGCGAGCGGGCAGCUUCGGAUACGUGGAUCCCUUCGGAAUCCGGCGGGUGGUCUACUAUAAUGCAGCUCCCGGCAGGGGAUUCGUCCAUCGGAAUAACAACCAGUAUGUGGGCGCCAAUGGAGCGCCCUACGAUGCUCCGGGUCCAGCGCAACUGGUCAACGAAUAGAGACUAGGGAAUAGGAUCAUUGAUGGAGAUUAGUGUGGGUCGAUCUCUGGGACAAGAAGUAUAAGUAAAUUUGCCUCAGAAACUAUAGGUUUAAUAUGAUUUUAUAAUUUGCAAAAAUUAAAUAAGUAAAAUAAUCAUUGAAGUCUUUAAAGAGAAUCUAUCAAAGAGGCAAUAAAUCGAUGAAUUGUUUUUAGUGAAUCGAAAUAUUCAGUAUUCGUUUAAAAUCAUUGAUAUUCUGAAUAUAAUAUCUAUAGUUUCUUAGGUAAAGUUUUUAUAACUUGAAAGAGAAAUCGACCCAUGCUAAGGCAGGUGCUGCACUUAACCCGACUCCCGACUCACUCAACGAGGCACCAAAACUAACCGUAGAACCUCAACCAGGGGGAAGUCCCCCUUUUAAUAUUAACCUGUACAUAUAACCACGCUUAAAGCUUUCCCUUCUUUUCAUUUCUUUCCUUCACGCACACACAAAGAAAACGACAUCUGUGUUAAUUAAUUUAAUGCUUAAACACAUCUAAACAUUAGUAACAUUAUUUAUAAAUCGAAACUCUGUGCAAUUAGCGCUUAUCAUAGGUAUUUUAGGGGCACUCACUGCCACACACAAAAGAGGGAUACUCAUUAGCCCUCUAAUCAAAUUGUGCAAGUGAUUGGGGAGUAAUCGUUUCACGUAUUAAUCUUGCCAUAUUAACGAAAAGUAAAUAAUUAAAGCUCUCUGUUCAUCCCUGGAAAAUCCCCCUUCGCCCCUUAGCGUAAUUAAAUAUGUACGAUUAAACCGUUAACGAUAGCCGUUUCUUGGCCAAUAGCUGUUCAUUUGGUAGGAAUGAACACCCGUUGCCUGGAAAUUUUAGCCAAGUAGUGCGAAAAAUUAUUUUUUGUUUUGUUAAGAAGCUUGAUGAUAAUAAAAAAUUA